AUGGAAGGCAUGCAAGUUUUGGGUUUGGCUUUGAUCCUUUUCAUGAUCACCACACAUGCGCAUGGCCAAUAUUACUCUCAGAGCAUGCCUUAUGAAUCCUUACCAGAGAAAACAACCAAUCUCCACUUCUUCUUCCACGACACACUCAGUGGUAAAAACCCUAGUGCUGUUCUUGUUGCCCGUCCCAACAUCACCACGGGUCAGUCAGUAGCUCCGUUUGGGAGCAUAUUUGUCUUUGAUGAUCCUCUUACAGUUGGGCCCGAACUGACCUCCGAGGUCAUUGGGAAUGCCCAGGGGCUGUAUGUAUCAUCUAGUCAAGAUAUACCAUCUCUAGUGGUAUAUUUUGAUUUUGGAUUCACCACCGGCGAAUUUAAUGGGAGCUCCAUUAGUGUGUUUUCAAGAAAUCCCAUAAUAAAUACCGAACGUGAGCUUGCCGUGGUUGGAGGGAGAGGAAAGUUCAGGUUGGCUAGAGGGUUUGCUCAGUUGAAGACUUACUUUAUAAAUGCAACUAAUGGUGAUGCCAUUGUUGAGUAUAAUGUAACUGUGAUUCAUUAUUAA